UCGGAGCACAAGCAUCACCAGGUAACCAUGAAGAUCGUCGCUGUUUUCUGCCUGCUCGUGGCCGCCGCCUGCGCCAGCAAUGGUAACUACGGAGGAAGCUACGGCACCUACGACAACGUCGGCAGUGUUGAUGCCGGCGAACAGCACACCGGCUACGGACACACCUACGCCCCGGAGUUCUUCACCACGUCCGUGUACGGACCGAGGGCCGACGCCCGUGCUCACGGAUCCGGAUCAAAGCACGCCAGCGGCUCGUACGCGCGUGACGGCCAGGCGGCCGGCGCUGACUACGAGAAGGAUGAAGCCACGGCAGCAGAGACCGCCGCCAGGGCCAGAGGUUACGAGUACGGAUACAGAGACGGAUACUCUUGGUACCAGCCGAAAACCCUGUACGCCUUCCAGUACAAGCAGCCCAUCCUCGGAUACAGGCAGGUGUACGGACACCGUGUGAUCCGCCAGGGAGGAUAUGGAGGUUACGGAUCUGGUGCCGGCUAUGGCUCUGGAAACAACAACCUUGGCUAUGGAGGUAACGGAGGUCUACAGGUUCACAGUGCUUCCAGCCCUGUUACACACGGUCCAAGGUAUAAUACCGGCGAUUCUACCAACCUUGGUUAUGGCAGCAACAUUGGCUAUGGCAGCAAUCGCGGCUAUGGCAGGAACCUUGGCUAUGGCAACAAUCUUGGCUAUAGCCGCAACAUUGGCUAUGGCAGCAACGUUGGCUAUGGCCGCAAUCUCGGCUCUGGCAGCAACAUUGGCUAUGGCAACAAUCUUGGCUAUGGCAGGAACCUUGGAUAUGGCAACAAUCUUGGCUAUGGCAGGAACCUUGGAUAUGGCAACAGCAUAGGUUAUGGCAGGAACCUUGGAUAUGGCAGCAACGUUGGUUAUGGCAGGAACCUUGGAUAUGGCGGCAACCUAGAAUAUGGUAACGCUGACCGUAUGCACUAAAUAGGGUCGACUGUGCGGUCAUUUCUACAAAAUUCGUAGAAAUUAUGGUUUAAACCGAUAAUUGAAAUCACGGCCAGGGGAACGAUUAUGCUGUUUACAUGGUGCUAAUCAAGAAAUCAAGUGGUAGAUUAUUCAUUGGUGAGCUAGAAAACAAUUAUAUGUAAUAAAUAUAUAUAUGGUAUAUAUAUUUUUUGGUUUAGAUGACAAGUAUUACAUAAUAUAAAUUAUAUGUAUAUACAUAUAUAACAAACAUAGUCAGACAAAUGCCUACAGAUGCCAUUUAAGACACUUUCCCAUAGUCACAUUGUAAAAUUAUUAUAUAGGAGUUGGUUCGCUGUUAAUAUUAUAUGUUAUGUUACAAUCAAGUUUAUGUUGGAAAUAAAUUGUGGUUUGUAAGUUUUGUAAAGUAAGUUAAAUCAAUAAAUAUAAUAAAUUUUCGUUAUGCCACAAA